GCGAGAGGCGCGGGCGGCGGCGGCGGGAGCGGCGGCGGCUGCAGGAGCAGCAGCGGCGGCGGGCACCCUCUGCCCCGCGUCCCUGAGGCAGCUGACUGCGCUACCCCCACCCUCGCACGGCCGGGCGGCUCCCUCGCCACCAGCCCGGACCUUCGCUGGCCCUUGGCGAUUACUCCGGACUCGCCCACGGAGUUUGCCUGCCGGGUAAGGAGGCCAAGCGUCGGAGCGCACUCUUGCGCUUUUCCCUACCAUCGAGUGGAUGUCGUUCCCUGGGUCGUGAGAGAACUUUGGAGCGGGCUGGAGCGCCCUUUGCGGAGAGGUAGAGAAGAGAAGGAAAGAAAGAGGGCUGACGGAGAGGCUCGGAAGAAGGGGUCCGGAGUGGCCGGGCGGGCCGUGUUGCUCGGAUGCGCCCAGGGGUCGAGGAGCAGCGGAAGGCUGCGGGACUACUCUCCGCCGAGUAGCCCCGUCGGGCCAAGAGGGUUUGUACAACCGCGGAAAACAGCAAGAGCGGCCCGCACGGGGCGUGCCGAGACGCCUCCCGGCGCGCCCUCCACACUUUGCCCACCUCGUCGUCAUCCCGCGCUCCUCCGCUCGGGUUAAGCCUGCGGAGCGCCGGACACGGAGCCUCCGCUGGGGCCCGGACCUCGCCCCUCGCCGCCUCCAGGGACCCUGCGAGCGCCCGGUCUUGGGCGCCUCCCGGACCUGCAGGGGUCGGCUGUGAACGUCGUCACAUUUGUUUUGUGGGGUUAGCGGGGGCGCUUGCCACCUGCACCUCCCCGGCUGCUGGCGCCGCGGGGAAAACCCGGCUAGGAGGCGGACCAGGAGAAGAACAGUGGAGAGCAACCCGCCUGGAUUUGUUUGCCCGGGACGGGUGCGGCACAGGCGGAUCGCCGAGGGGAGCGCGGCGAGUCACCGCGCCCCCACCUCCUCGCCCCGGCGGCCCAGGCUCGCGAUUUGGAGUGCGGCCCCGGGCGCCGGCGGCGCCCCGCAGGUUCUAGGUGCAGCGGGGCCCGGGGUGCCCUGUGAUGUGGCCCUGAAGGUGGGAGCCCGCACCGGCGGGAACAGGAGCUGCUGGGCGCCGAGUGGCCUCUGCGCCCAGCGGAGCGCGCCUGCGUGCGUGGCCAGCGCACCCCCCGCACUUCCCGCUUCUGCCCGGCUUCUCAGCUUAAUUUUCUUCGGCGGGAUUAAAGUUGGAAAUUGAGCGGAGAAUUGAGUUGCCCGGGAACGGAGCCGCGGCCGCCGCCAGAGCGAUGUUCCCACAGAGCCGGCACCCGACGCCGCACCAGGCUGCAGGCCAGCCCUUCAAGUUCACUAUCCCGGAGUCCCUGGACCGGAUUAAAGAGGAGUUUCAGUUCCUGCAGGCUCAGUAUCACAGCCUUAAAUUGGAAUGUGAGAAACUGGCAAGUGAAAAGACAGAAAUGCAGAGGCACUACGUGAUGUAUUAUGAAAUGUCAUAUGGAUUAAACAUAGAAAUGCAUAAACAGACCGAAAUCGCCAAGAGAUUGAAUACGAUUUGUGCACAAGUCAUCCCAUUUCUGUCUCAGGAACAUCAACAACAGGUGGCCCAGGCUGUUGAACGAGCCAAACAGGUGACCAUGGCAGAGCUGAAUGCCAUCAUCGGGGUACGUGGCCUACCAGGUCUACCUCCUACACAGCAGCAGUUGCAAGCCCAGCAUCUUUCUCACGGCCACGGACCUCCAGUGCCCCUCACCCCUCACCCUUCGGGACUUCAGCCUCCUGGAAUCCCACCCCUCGGCGGCAGUGCCGGCCUCCUGGCGCUGUCUAGUGCUCUGAGUGGGCAGUCUCACUUGGCAAUUAAAGAUGACAAGAAGCACCACGAUGCAGAGCACCACAGAGACAGAGAACCGGGCACAAGUAAUUCCCUCUUGGUCCCAGACAGUCUGAGAAGCACAGAUAAACGCAGAAAUGGACCUGAGUUUGCCAAUGACAUCAAAAAAAGAAAGGUGGACGAUAAGGAUUCCAGCCACUAUGACAGUGAUGGUGACAAAAGCGAUGACAACUUAGUUGUGGAUGUGUCUAAUGAGGACCCCUCUUCUCCGAGAGCAAGCCCGGCCCACUCGCCCAGGGAAAACGGGAUCGAUAAAAACCGCCUACUAAAGAAAGACGCCUCCAGCAGCCCGGCGUCCACGGCCUCCUCGGGAAGUUCCACUUCUUUGAAAUCCAAAGAAAUGAGCUUGCAUGAAAAAGCCAGCACGCCUGUUCUGAAAUCCAGCACACCGACGCCUCGGAGUGACAUGCCAACGCCGGGCACCAGUGCCACUCCAGGACUCCGUCCAGGCCUCGGCAAGCCUCCAACCAUGGACCCCCUCGUUAACCAGGCUGCAGCCGGCCUGAGGACGCCCCUGGCGGUGCCCGGCCCGUACCCCGCGCCCUUCGGGAUGGUGCCCCACGCGGGCAUGAACGGCGAGCUGACCAGCCCCAGCGCCGCCUACGCCAGCCUCCACAACAUGUCACCACAGAUGAGCGCAGCCGCCGCCGCCGCUGCCGUGGUCGCCUACGGGCGCUCUCCGAUGGUUGGGUUUGAUCCUCCCCCUCACAUGCGCGUACCUACAAUUCCUCCAAACCUGGCAGGAAUCCCAGGGGGGAAGCCUGCCUACUCCUUCCACGUUACUGCAGAUGGUCAGAUGCAGCCUGUGCCCUUCCCUCCCGACGCCCUCAUCGGCCCCGGCAUCCCCCGCCACGCUCGCCAGAUCAACACCCUGAACCACGGGGAGGUGGUGUGUGCGGUGACCAUCAGCAACCCCACGAGGCACGUGUACACGGGGGGAAAGGGCUGCGUCAAGGUCUGGGACAUCAGCCACCCCGGCAACAAGAGCCCCGUCUCUCAGCUCGACUGUCUGAACAGGGAUAACUACAUCCGUUCCUGCAAAUUGCUCCCUGAUGGCUGCACUCUCAUAGUGGGAGGAGAAGCCAGUACUCUGUCCAUUUGGGACCUGGCGGCUCCCACCCCACGCAUCAAGGCAGAGCUGACAUCCUCGGCCCCCGCCUGCUAUGCCCUGGCCAUCAGCCCUGACUCCAAGGUCUGCUUCUCCUGCUGCAGUGAUGGCAACAUUGCCGUGUGGGACCUGCACAACCAGACGCUGGUGAGGCAAUUCCAGGGCCACACGGACGGGGCCAGCUGUAUUGACAUUUCUAACGAUGGCACCAAGCUCUGGACGGGCGGCUUGGACAACACAGUCCGGUCCUGGGACCUGCGUGAAGGGCGGCAGCUGCAGCAGCACGACUUCACCUCCCAGAUAUUCUCCCUUGGUUAUUGCCCAACCGGAGAAUGGCUGGCUGUGGGCAUGGAGAGCAGCAACGUGGAAGUUCUCCACGUGAACAAACCCGACAAGUACCAGCUGCAUCUCCAUGAGAGCUGUGUGCUGUCCCUAAAAUUUGCUUAUUGUGGUAAAUGGUUUGUGAGUACUGGAAAAGAUAACCUCCUCAAUGCUUGGCGGACCCCCUAUGGAGCUAGUAUAUUCCAGUCCAAAGAGUCCUCGUCCGUGCUCAGCUGUGACAUCUCUGUGGAUGAUAAGUACAUAGUCACUGGCUCAGGGGACAAGAAGGCAACAGUCUAUGAAGUCAUCUACUGAAAACAUUAUGUGGUUUAACGUUUAUAGUUGAAUUGGGCCAAAAUGUUUUGAAUUUGUAGAAAUAGAAACGUUGUAACUUUAAGAAACACAAAAACCUGUUUCCAAGCCUUGACACAAAACAGUACUUUGCGUCUACAAAGAGGAGGCAACAGCACAUCAGCAGGCCACCCGUCUACUAAGACCAAAUGGAGCGCCAAGGCAGGGUGGACAGAGGGGCAAGGAUUGCGGCUUGAGGAAUGGAGCCUGCCGACCAGGGCAGAGUCCAUCCUUUUCUUCUGUGUGAUCUGCUGAGAUCAACUUUCUGUUCCUUGCGAUUCCCUGGCUGCCUGCCCUUGGUAGAGCAGUGGUGUCUCCAAUGAAACUUGUUUCCUGGUUUUGCAUCUUGUGAAAUGUUUUUUUGUAUUUUUGUUGAAGGUUAAACAUUUGUAUAAAUUGUAAAUAUAUUUGGUUUAUUACAGUAAAGGCUUUAGUACCAAUAA